AUGAACAGCGCCGCAACGUCCCCUUUCGUCGGCACAUCCAUCGCGACAACCAGCAACUCCUCUUCCGACUCGACUACGAGAAGUAACACCAAUAGUCUUGUCAUUCAUGGCCCGCCUCCUGUGUCGCCCUCCUUUCAGCCUCCCUUCAAGCUUACAGACGUAGACCUGCUUCGCCGCGAUUGCCACGUCCACGGCGAGUGGGUUGCUUUUCAAAAUAACAAGCGUUAUGCCAUCCUCGACCCGGGUACCGGCCGCGUGUGGGCGACCUGUCCGGACAGUACCAAAGACGAUGUUCAUUCCGUCAUCAAAUCAUCCUUCUCCGCCUUUCAGAGCUUUUCAAGAACGACUCCGGCUCGGGAACGCGCGCGUCUGCUGACCUCCUGGAAUCACCUUAUCCUUGCCAGCCGUAUGGACUUAGCCACCAUUCUCGUACACGAGACAGGAAAGCCGUUGCAUGAGGCACUCGCUGAGGUUGACUAUGGGGCCAGUUUGGUCCGCUGGUUCGCUAGCGAAGCCGAGCGUCUGGACCCGGUUCCUCAGUUGCCAUCGCCGGCCCCGUCGCCGACCACGUCGCCAGUACCCUCCCCUCCGCCCGACGACAGCGCCGCUCCAGCCAUCUCCGCGCGUGGCACCAGCGCAUUUCCGAGAAGACGAGGCGCAAUACUCAAGCAACCGAUCGGUAUCGUCCUUGCCCUGGUUCCAUGGAGCUUUCCCCUCGCACUUACCCUCCGGAAAUCGGCAGCGGCGAUGGCUGCCGGUUGCACCAUCAUCGUUAAGCCGUCAUCCGAAACCCCUCUUUCGGCGCUCGCUCUUGCCUGCCUGGCCGACCGUGCGGGGUUUCCGGCCGGCGUGCUCAACGUCCUGACGACAAGCCUGGGGAACACACCGGCCGUGGCCGAGGCGUUGUGUAUGCACCCCCUCGUCAAGGCCGUCAGCUUCACAGGAAGUACUCGGAUAGGGAAGCGAGUCGCGGUAUCUUGCACCCGAAAUCUAAAACGACUGUCCUUGGAUUUGGGUGGAAAUUGUCCAUUCAUUGUAUUCGACGACGCGGACCUUGAGCAGACGGCCAGGGACCUUGUGGCCCUCAAGUGGCGGCAUGCGGGACAGGUCUGCGUGGCGCCGAACCGGUGUUAUGUGCAUCGGCGCGUAUACGAAUCGUUUUCGAGCUUGCUGAUAGCUGAGGCCGCAAAACUGAAGCUCGGUCACGGUAUGGCCAGGGGGACUACUCUUGGGCCACUGACGACUAUUCGGGGACUAUACAAGGCGGAGGCGAUGUGUAAGGAUGCCAUCGACAAAGGUGCCACUAUGCUGUUUGGUACGGGAAGACGAGAGCCUGGGGAUGGUUACUUCAUGGCGCCGACUGUGUUGGGGAGCAUGAUGGAUGAGAUGCUGAUGUGUCGGGAAGAGGUAUUCGCGCCGAUCCUAGGGCUAUAUGUGUUCGAUACCGAGGACGAGGUAACAAGCUGGGCGAACGAUACACCAGUCCAAUUAGCUAGUUACGUUUUUACCAAGAACCCCGACAGACUCUGGAGGAUGUUUGAGCGACUGGAUGCUGCAGUACUUGGCAUGAAUACGGUUAACUUGGUCUCGGAAGUGCGCGUCCCAACUGGAAGCAAUGGUAAUGGGUACACGCCGACGCAAUCCACGGCCCUAGACGAAUUCUUAAUUACAAAGGCAGCCGCAAUGUUACCCUCGUAA